AUGGCAGAGGUUGACGAUCGCCUUUCACACCUUCGUGCUUUACUUCAAAGUCUUCCUGAUUCACUUCCAGAGUGGAUUGGUUUGGAUUUUCGUACAUUUGCACCAGAUAAUGAAGCAGUGGAAGAUUAUGGGCCAGUAGGGGCAGUAAAUCGUGAACUAGAGGUUUGCUUUGGCUAUGCUAGCCGUUCCUCAGAGGAUGGCUUAGUUAAGAUAGAGGGACGAGGAGAUGCACUCACUGCCGUAGUUGAUGUCCUUAUCAAGGCCAAGGAGACAGACCCAAAGGAGGCUGCUAUUGUGGACAAAUGGGUGGAGGACCUGAUAAGAGCCGCAGAACAUGCUGUGGGUCAAGUGAGUUCAUUGCAUGUCCAAGAACUUGAUGCUGAGAUAGUCCUACUCUGCAUAGAGCAGCAAUCCACCAGUAUUAACCAUAAAAAAACCCAAUCUAAAGCGAGCCUGAAACCGAUGCAGAAUUUGAGCUCGUUGAUGGGUAUGAGACAGAUGGUGAAAUCCUCUGCCGUGAUCGCAUCACAGGGAAAGGCUGUUGGAGAUGCUCAGGUGAUGGCUGCACUUAUAAUCGUGUUGGCCAGAUCCAAAAGUCCAGACGAGGCAAUCCAAAAAGAGGCACGGGAUGCAAUGAGUCUGGAUGCUGCAAGCGAAAAGUUGAAGACAAUGGAAAAGCAACCAUCAGUACUCGCAAUGGUAGCAAAGCAAGGGGCAACAAAACAGUCGCUCAAUGCUCAGCAUCUUGUCGUACUGAUG